AUGAGUAUCAACGGCAUGAAAACAGAGCGCAAAUCAAGUUUGCUGUAUGAACAUCAAAGCUAUCAACAAGAGCACGAUAAUUAUCAGAAACAGAAUCAAUAUCACGAUCAACAGUAUGAUAAACAUCAGCAAUCUGAUCAAUAUCAGCAAGAUCUACAACAACAAUAUAAACUAGACCAGCAGUUGGAACAGCAGCAACAAUAUGACCGACAACAGCAACAACAGAUUGAGUCUCAACAUCAGUUUGAAAAACAACAACAGCAAAACGAGGAACAGCUACGCCAGCAACAGAAACAGAUUCAACAACAUCAGCAGCAAAUACAGCAGCAACAACAACAAAAGCAACCAGCACAGCAGAUACAAGCAUCAGUCAUGACUGGAGCUGCAACGUUAGGUUCGUUUAUGGCUGGUGGAGCUAAAAAGUUAGGUAGCUUUUUCGGUGCAGCCGCUGCAGCUGUUGCUACUCCAGCUGUUACUCAACAACCACCUAUCACUGCCACAGUAACUACAGCCCAAAUUAACCAGUUUACAUCUGGUGUAGCUCCUACAAUGGUUCUUACAACAGCCUCAGUUCCAGAUACAACAAUAGUUCCGCAAGCAACGGAACCAUCUGUAACAAGUGCAACGACAACAGCAGCAACUCUACCUCGAACUCCAUCUUUGCGAAGGCAAGAGUCUAUACAAAGACCAUCAGUAGGAAGAACUCGAACGUUACCUGAUGCUCCGGAUGAUUUCACGUCAAGUUUUGAUGAAAGUGCCUAUGAUGAAGAGUACCAAAAGACUGAAUUAGAUCAAGUAGACCGUGAUAGGACCUCUUUGGAUAGGUAUCGUGAUGAAGAUUUUACUCACGAUACCAUUCUUGAAGAUGUCCCUGAAGAACGGAAAGUUGAAGAAACGGCUCCUAGUAUAAAAAAGACAACAUCACCCCCUAGGACCGGUUCUAUUACUAGAAAGCCAUCUGUAGAUAGCUAUCACAGUCAAACGCCGUCGGUACUUGAUCGAAAAACUUCACAAAGUUCUUUCAUAUCCCAUCAAGAAGAAAAGCUCUCCAGUCACGCAUCACAAGAAGAAAACACAUCAGACAAAUCUAAAGUGACAUUUCAAGAUGAAAGAACAACAUAUCACGAGGUACCAGAUGAAACUGCUUUCCACGAAAGGCAGGAGUCAUUCGAUCAAGGCGGGGAAUUCCAAGACGAUGAACAGUUUCAAGAUGAUGAAUACAGAGAUGAGAAAUUUGAGGAGCAAGAACAAGAGCAGUAUCAAGAAGAGUUCCCUGAAGAGGAGAGGAAGGAAGAGUUGGAAUUUGAGCCCGAACAGCCCAAGUUAACGCCGAAACAGAGGUGGCACCGUGCAUACAACAAGAUCGUGAUGCAGCUAAAUAUUGCUCGAAACAAGUGGUUUUCGCACCCCGCUGUGAAAUAA